CAAAAGUCAUUUUUGAGUAAUGAAAAAAAAGUUCUUACGUUUAUUUAGUUUUUAAAGCCGAUUUUAUGCAGGUGUGAAUGUAGUUUACGAUACUCCCGCGUGGCGGCGCUUUGAGGCGAGUGACGUCAUUGGCGUCGAGGCUCAGAAAGCCAUAUUCGAUUCAGCUAUCCGCUUACUUACAUUUAUACUCGAUCGCUUUGUCUGAACUAUUUUGUAAAAAUGAACAGAGAACGAAUUGAAGGAUAUUUGUUUGAACCAGAGGGUAUUGCAGAAGAUGUGGAUGAUGCAGAGUGGAAAACGGACCAGGAAGAUAGUGAAGGAGAGCUCUCAGUCAGCCGACUAAACGAUUUGGCGUGGUGUGUGUGAGUGUGGCCAUUGUGAGCUUAUGCCCACCUUUGUGGAAUCAACGUGCUGUAGUGAAAACACUGCUGUGUCUGCCAAAAUGAAGCACGAUACCAGAUGCGUUACAGAACUACAGACCUUCAAUAAUGCAUGUUUAGACGCAGACAUGCUGGAGAUCCUCAUGGCAUCGAUGAAAGAAGUGCUCGGGGAAAGUCUGCGUGACCCAAUUACGAACAGAAUGUACAGAUAUGUGGCGUACAGAAGCUUCACAUGGUGGAUAUAUGGGAAGCUGGGGAGGAGGCGAAGGAAAGUUAUUCCUGCCUGUGUAGUGACCUCAAUAAGGAAACGGUUUCCAGAAAAAGAUGGAUGUUAUGAAGGUUAUCAUGAGGUACUGGGUGGACCAAUGGACGGCCAUGAGGAUUUGUGAUUAUGCUCAAUAUAUGAAUAGGCCUACAUUUAAACAUUUAUUUUUGCUUUAUUUUUGUGACUGUGGACCUUUACAAUGAACUGCAUUUAGAACAUGAACUCUGUACAGUUAAUGCAUAACAUACAUCUGUAGUGCUCAUCAGUCUGCUGCUACAAUUCACACUGAUUAUUUUUACAAUGAUUAGAAUAUACAUUUGAAGGAUCAACUGUACUUGUAUAUAUUCAUAAAAUAAGGACACAUCAACUGCUCAAGUUACUGAAUAGUAUCACAAGUACAAAGACUUCUUAAUUCAGCUAAUAUUUUUACUCAUAUUAAAUGAUAUGUAAUACUCCGUACUUAAACGCAGAUUGCAAGAAAUGUAUUUUUUCUUUUACGUUGAGCUAUGUCACUCAAACAAGAAAUUGAGUAUGUAAGAUUUUUUGAACCAUCUGAACACUUCAUAUUUGUAUAUACAGGGGUCAAGUCUAAUAGGUCAGUUUGCGGAAUCUAGAAAUGUGUCCCUGUACAACUUCAUCUUUAGUGGGCUUCGGCGUCUUGGCCACAGUGUUCCUUGCUAACUCUGGGACAAAAAUCUUGUCAAUUUCUUCCCAAAGCCCUGUAAUUUCCAAUAAACAGAUAAUGUUAAUCAUUGUAAUAUAAUAAAAAUAAGUUGACCAACAAAAAUAUAUGAAAUGUAUAAGGUUGUCUUUGUCACAUUUAUAUCCUAAAACAGUCACAUUAUAAAGAAUGAGGCACAGUAUCUCUCUUCUGGACUAUCAUUUCAGAAUCUAU